AUGGUUUGGGGGGGGGGGUAUGUUGUUUGUUUGAUGUUUUGGGGUGUGAUGGGGUGUGAUGAUUGUUUUGGGAUGUGGGGGGGGGAUGGGUGUGUUGGGGGGGGGGGGGGUGUGGUUGGGGAGUUAGGGUGGGUGGGUGGUGGGGUGGGGGUUUGUGUGUUGGUGUUGGGUGUGGUUGGUGGGGGAGUGGGGGGGGGGGGGGGUGGGUGUGUGUGGUGUGUGUUGUGUGUUUGGGGGUGGGUGUUGGUGGGGGGGUGGGGGUGGGUGGUUGGGGGUAGGGGGUGUUGUAUUGUAUAUUUUUAUUGGGGGGGUGGGGAGUUUAGGAGGGGUGGGGGGAGUGGGUGUGGUGUGUGGGUGGGGGUUUGGGGGGGGGGGGGUGGGAGGGGGGGUUUGGGGGUUGUGGGGUUGUUUGGGUUUGUGGUUGGGGGGGGGGGGGGGUUGGGGUGGGGUGUUGUUGUUGUUGGGGGGGUGUUGGGGGUUGGGUAUGUGGGGUGGGUGGGUUUAGUUAGUGUGUUGGUGAUUAUGGGGGGUGUAGUGGGGAGUAGAUGGGGGGAUUAG